GACUCGUGAGUGGCCCUCACUUUAGGAUCAUUUUGUGCAUUGUUUGCACUUUUGGCAAACGUCGAACCCAUUCAUAAAAGACGUGACAAAACACAUGUGACUUGAAGUGAGACAUGAUUUACAAGACAUUGAGACAAACCAUCGGUUAUAGGCGUCCACUGAGACACACAUUCACGUGUCAUGUCAGACACAGUUCCGGGUCGGCCGAAAGGAAGCGCUUCUAUAAGAGUGUGUCAGUGGUUCACAACGAAGACAAAUAUGGGAUCAAUUUGGACGGACGGCCUCUCAAGACACCCAACGGUCACCUCUUCUACACACAUAACCAUAGUUUGGCUCUAAUGGUGGCCAACGAGUGGCAGACACAGCGCCAGACCAUACGGCUGUCUGCCAUGCAUUUGACACAACUGUCGAACACUGCGAUCGACAAUCCGGGCCACGAUUGUCGCCAAUCACUCGCUGACAGUAUAUUAGAGUUCAUCGAUUCGGACACUCUUUGCUUCCGAGUCACUGAACCCAAAGAG